UAUUUCACCAUUAGCGCCGAUCUCUUUUCCCAUUCCAUUUUUCUUUUUAAUUUGAAAACAAAAACAAAAAAUCUCAAAAAACAGCAAUCGUCUCCCAAUCUUCAAGAUCCGAUCAGAUCCGUUGGUAGUCUCUUCAUUUUUAAUUUUUCCAACCGAAGAGAAUCCCAAUUUCCCAAUUAGGGUUUUGUUUUUUAAUUUAGAAAUGCGACAGAUCGUGACCUAGGGUUCUUGAGUUUGUAGAAUUGCAUGAAGAAUUGGUGUUGGUGGUGGCGUUAUUGUCUAUGCUUUACUUUCAAAGACCACCAGGAAGAAGAAGGCGAAGAAAGGACCCCAUUGAUAAAAGAAGCCAUGAAAGAGGGCAUUUUCGGAAAUGAAAAUAGUAGUAACAAUGUUAAUAAUCAUGAAGCUGCUGGUGCAAGAUUAGGGCUUACAUUGAGUGGCGAUAUUAAUAAUAAUAAUAACAAUAAUAGAAGAGAGCAUGAUGCUGCUCAAGAUCCUUCUUAUUUGUUAUUUGAAGAAAUGAUUCGAACCUUGCGCGGCGGUGGCCGUGGUGGCGGUCGCGGUUCGUCGAAGGAUGAGAUGAUGCGGCAGCAGGAGCAUUUGUGGAGGGUUAAAGGUGAGAGUAGUGGUAGUGGUGGAGCUGCCAUGCUAGGUUCUUCAGGUGUGGUGAUUACAGGGAAUGAAAAGAAUGAGGAGGGUUGUGACAGGGAUUUGCAGAAUAAGAGGGCUAAAGUUCAAUCUGCUUUGCAUGAUUUCCAUUAUACAACGGCUAUGCCUUCAGAUGCUGGCGAUUCUAGUUCAUCAGGCGAUAAAGACGUUAGUUUAAGUCAGAGUUCUAUUGUUCCAUUUAGGAAUGAGAUUUACUAUCAUAAUUUUAUGUGGAAUAACAGCAGUGAGGAGAAUAUCUGUGAUAAUAGUGGUGGAGGUGGUGAUGAUAAUGAGAGUGGCACUCUUAAGUCAGAAGAUUUAGAAGUUCGGAUGGAUCUUACAGAUGAUUUGUUACAUAUGGUUUUCUCCUUCUUGGACCACAUUAAUCUUUGUCGAGCUGCAAUGGUUUGUCAUCAGUGGCGAACGGCCAGUGCUCAUGAAGAUUUCUGGAGGUGUCUGAAUUUUGAGAAUCGAAAUAUAUCUAUUGAACAGUUUGAAGACAUGUGCCAUCGAUAUCCAAAUGCAACUGAAGUGAAUAUCUAUAGUGCUCCUAGCAUUCAUUUGCUUGUUAUGAAAGCAGUCUCUUCUUUGAGAAAUCUGGAGGUGUUAACUUUAGGAAGAGGACAACUAGGAGAUCCUUUUUUCCAUGCCUUAGCAGAAUGCAGCAUGCUUAAAAGUUUGAAUGUCAAUGAUGCUACCCUGGGCAAUGGUGUCCAGGAAAUCCCUAUAAACCAUGAUAGAUUGCGGCAUCUUCAACUUACAAAGUGCCGUGUGGUUAGGAUAUCUGUCAGGUGCCCGCUACUUGAAACUUUGUCUUUGAAGCGCAGCAACAUGGCACAGGCUGUACUCAACUGUCCACUCUUGCAUCUCCUUGAUAUAGGGUCUUGCCAUAAGCUUACAGAUGCAGCAAUCCGCUCGGCUGCAAUUUCAUGUCCUCAAUUAGAGUCAUUAGACAUGUCAAAUUGUUCUUGUGUCAGUGACGAAACCCUACGUGAAAUUGCCCACAAUUGUGCUAAUCUUCAUAUUCUUAAUGCAUCAUAUUGUCCAAACAUAUCGCUCGAGUCGGUUAGGCUGCUAAUGUUGACAGUUCUCAAGCUUCAUAGCUGUGAGGGAAUUACUUCAGCUUCAAUGGCCGCAAUAGCUUAUAGUUCCAUGUUGGAGGUUUUGGAGCUUGACAAUUGUAGCUUAUUGACUUCUGUGUCCUUGGACCUUCCUCGUUUGCAGAACAUACGACUGGUACAUUGUCGCAAGUUUGCUGAUCUGAACUUAAGAAGCCUCAUGCUAUCAUCUAUAAUGGUGUCUAAUUGCCCAGCACUCCAUCGUAUCAAUAUCGUCUCUAAUUCACUUCAAAAAUUAGCUCUACAGAAGCAGGAAAACCUGACAACAUUAGCAUUACAAUGCCAAGGUUUGCAAGAAGUUGACCUCACAGAUUGUGAAUCUCUCACAAAUUCUAUAUGUGAAGUUUUUAGUGAUGGCGGGGGAUGUUCUAUGUUAAAAUCUUUGGUUCUUGAUAAUUGCGAGAGCUUGACUGCCGUGAAGUUUUGCAGUACCUCUUUAGUCAGUCUCUCCCUAGUUGGCUGUCGUGCUAUUACUUCUCUGGAGCUGACGUGCCCUCUUCUUGAGAAGGUUUGUCUGGAUGGCUGUGACCAUCUUGAGAGAGCAUCAUUUUCUCCUGUUGCUCUUCAGUCGCUCAAUCUGGGAAUUUGUCCGAAACUCAGUGUGCUCAUUAUUGAAGCACCAUUUAUGCUGUCCCUUGAGUUGAAAGGAUGUGGGGUUUUAUCUGAAGCAUCGAUCAACUGUCCUCUCCUAACAUCGCUGGAUGCUUCCUUUUGCAGCCAACUUAAGGAUGAUUGCUUGUCUGCUACAACUGCAUCCUGUCCACUAAUCGAAUCUUUAAUAUUGAUGUCGUGCCCAUCCGUUGGUUCGGAUGGACUUUACUCUUUGCGCUGGCUUCCAAAUCUGACUGUACUGGAUUUGUCAUACACGUUCUUGAUGAAUCUGCAACCAGUUUUUGAAUCUUGUUUGCAACUUAAGGUACUAAAAUUACAAGCUUGCAAGUACCUGACGGACACUUCACUGGAGCCUCUUUACAAGGGAGGCGCUCUGCCUGCACUCCAGAUUUUGGACUUGUCUUACGGGACCCUCUGUCAGUCUGCUAUAGAGGAGCUUCUGGCUUGCUGCACACAUCUCACUCAUAUGAGCUUGAAUGGCUGUGUAAAUAUGCAUGACCUGAACUGGGGUUGUAGUGGGGGUCGACUUUCUGAAUUGCCAAGUGUGAAUGAUUCAUCUGCCAUGCUUUCUCACGAAAUUAUUGAUGAGUCAAAUGAGCUGGCAAAUCGUUUGCUUCAGAACCUAAACUGCGUGGGUUGUCCGAAUAUUAAGAAAGUUCUCAUUCCUCCAAUGGCCCGGUGUUUCCAUUUGUCAUCACUAAAUCUGUCUUUAUCAGCAAACUUGAAGGAAGUUGAUAUUGCCUGUUUUAGUUUAUGUAUUCUUAAUUUGAGUAAUUGUUGCUCUUUGGAGAUAUUGAAGCUCGAGUGUCCUCGAUUGACGAGUCUCUUUCUCCAGUCUUGUAAUAUUGACGAGGAAGGCGUUGAAGCUGCCAUAUCUCGGUGUAGCAUGCUGGAGACUCUAGACGUGCGUUUUUGUCCGAAGAUAUUCUCAAUAAGCAUGGGGAAAUUGCGUGCAGCAUGCCCAAGUUUGAAGCGCGUGUUUAGCAGCCUUUCACCUUCAUGAUGUGAAUAAAAUUUGAAGUAUUCUAUCUCAUUUUUCCAAUGGCUUUUAUUCACUUUGAGAUGAUACGGCAACUUUAUUUGGUGUGGGAUCCACUUUUUUCUAUUGUAAAUGUCUUCUGUCUUGGUGAAUGUCUGUUUGGGUAUAUAGGCACUUGAUAUGUAGUAGCCGUAUUAGUGUAACAAAACAAUAAAUGGUCUGUAUAUUAAUUAUUGUAUUGUUUGUUGAUUUAUAUAUUUUGUUAUUUGAGAACAAGUAAAAUUUAGAA